CUCAAAUUAUCAGAACCCAAAGUGGAACAUAGCCAAAGACUACAAUUUAUUUUCUACCGCGUUCAACACAUGUAUAUCCACAAUUAGACUUAAUGUAAGGUAGUUGAAUUGUCAGAACAUGUUUUGACAAUUUUCCUUAGACCUUGAAUAAUUUCAAUUAUAUACUACUUUCUAACAGAGCACUUUGGUUGACGGCCUAGCACACAUGUCAGUGCUUCUCCGCAGCCUGGCUCGGUAGCAGAGGGAGGAGCGCGAUUGAAUAAAACGGGAAGUGAUGUGAAGUUGGCUAAGUAACCGAGUUCUCAAACACGGAAUAAUCUCGCAAGACCUGCGAAGUUCAUGAAACAAAGGGAAAAGUAAAUCUAAUUUUUCGUAUCAAGUUGAAAAUUGCUUGCAUCUUAACGUUACUACGUCGAGGAAUUCAACAACUUACAGCAGUGACUCACUAGAGUGGUCAGAAAUCAGCGCUCACUAUGUCUGAUGGGGACUAUGAUUACCUCAUCAAAUUCCUAGCCCUUGGAGAUUCAGGGGUGGGAAAAACCAGCUUCCUCUACCAGUACACGGAUGGGAAGUUUAACUCUAAGUUCAUUACCACCGUGGGGAUUGACUUCCGAGAAAAACGAGUGGUGUACAAAUCAAGUGGUCCUGAUGGCACAGCAGGUAGAGGACAGAGAAUUCACCUCCAGUUAUGGGACACCGCUGGACAGGAGAGGUUUCGAAGUUUAACAACAGCAUUCUUCAGAGACGCCAUGGGCUUCCUGCUCUUGUUUGACCUUACUAACGAGCAGAGUUUCCUCAAUGUCCGAAACUGGAUGAGUCAAUUACAAAUGCAUGCUUAUUGUGAAAACCCAGACAUAGUCCUUUGUGGGAACAAGUCUGACCUGGAGGACCAGAGGGCAGUCAGUGAAGAUGAGGCUCGAGAGCUGGCAGAAAAAUAUGGAAUUCCCUACUUUGAGACCAGUGCAGCAAGUGCCGAUAACGUGGGCAAGGCUGUGGACGUUCUGCUUGACCUCAUCAUGAAGAGAAUGGAACGCUGCGUGGACAAGUCCUGGAUCCCGGAUGGCACUGUGCGCUCUAAUGGCCACAGCACCACAGAUAUCACAGAAUCACAGGACCCUGAGAAGGGCAAAUGUGCCUGUUAGGAGUCCAAGCAAUAACCAUCUUUACUGUCUCCCUUUUUAUCAUUGGAUUGGACAGAAAUAUGGGAGAGGUUACCCUCAUAUUUUAUUACAUAAAAUAUACAUGGAUGAUGAAUGCAUGGCAAUUGCUACUAUCAUUCUACUCUCAUUUACAUACAGUAUGUUAUACCACUGCAUUAUGAUUUUUUUGUAUAUUUUUUUUGAUUGUUAUAUUGUAGCUCAGACACUGUUUAUUCCUCACAGUCAAAAGUGUCUUUUUAGAUCUUUUGCAUUUGAAGUAACGUGCAAUGAAAAAGAGGGUUGUCCUCGGAAAUGUUAUCAAGAAAAUAGCUGUCCUUCCAAGCAGGUUUAUGUGAUGUAAUUGAUGUACCCUGCAGAGCACUCUUAGAUCCUGAACUACUUGCUCUUCUGAAAUGCUAAAAUUUCAAGCACAUUCAAGUAAUCAAUGUACAAUUUUUGUGCCACAUUUCACACCAAUUAGCAUAUAUUGACAUCAUGGAUGUAUGUUUGCCAAGUAUGGUUCCACAGAUAUAAUAUUUUCAGAUAUAAUGUUUUUUUCCCUCUGGGCUUCUCUGUGCCCUGGGUCUACUGUAUUGUCUGCAACACUGUAUCAUUGCCAACACACUUUAUGCCAAAUAUGGACACCAAAUUCUUUAUUCCAGGAAAAAAAUAAAUAUAUUUUAUUAUUUAUUGAA